GCGGCGGCGAGGUAGAGGUAGGUUCCGCGGUUCGCGAGGUGGGUGGUUGGUUGGGGCGGGGGGGUGUUCCGCGGGAUGUCGAGGAUGGAUAGGAUGGCUUCCGAUCUCAGCAGGGCCGGGCCGAUCGAGAGGGAUAUCGAGCAGGCAAUUACUGCAUUGAAGAAAGGUUCUUCCUUGCUUAAGUAUGGAAGGAGAGGAAAGCCCAAGUUCUGCCCCUUCCGACUCUCUAAUGACGAGUCUGUGUUGAUAUGGUUCUCUGGAAAUGAGGAGAAACACCUAAAGUUAAGCCAUGUCGACAGAAUUAUAUCGGGCCAGCGGACUCCAAUCUUUCAAAGGUAUCCUCGACCAGAGAAGGAGUCUCAGUCAUUUUCGCUAAUUUACAGUGACAGGUCAUUGGAUCUGAUUUGCAAGGAUAAAGAUGAAGCUGAGGCAUGGAUCAGUGGCUUGAAAGCAUUAAUUUCCCGAUGCCGUCAUAGGAAAGUUAGAACGGAAUCAAGAAGUGAUGGAAUUCCAUCUGAAGCAACUAGUCCUAGAACAUACACAAGAAGUUCUCCUCUAAAUUCUCCAUUUGGGAGUAAUGAUAGCAUGCAGAAGGAUAGUGGUGAUCACCUUCGACUCCAAAGUCCAUUUGGAAGUCCUCCUAAGAAUGGUCUGGAUAAGGCAUUUUCUGAUGUGAUACUGUAUGCAGUUCCUCCCAAGAGUUUCUUUCCCUCAGAUUCAGCGAGCGGUUCUGUUCAUUCUUUGUCAUCAGGGGGCUCAGAUAGCAUACAUGGUCAGAUGAGGCCACUGAAUGCGGAUGCUUUCAGAGUUAGUCUGUCAAGCGCUGUAAGUUCUUCGAGUCAAGGUUCUGGUCAUGAUGAAGGUGAUGCUAUGGGGGAUGUUUUUAUUUGGGGGGAAGGCACAGGUGAUGGUGUUCUUGGUGGUGGGCUUCAUAGAUUGGGAAGUAAUGUUGGAGUAAAAAUGGAUUCCUCACUUCCGAAAGCCUUAGAGUCUGCAGUAGUACUUGAUGUUCAGAAUAUUGCUUGUGGUGGAAGACAUGCUGCUUUAGUGACCAAGCAAGGAGAGAUCUUUUCCUGGGGGGAGGAAUGGGGAGGGAGACUUGGGCAUGGCGUGGAUUCUGAUGUUUUGCAUCCAAAGCUAAUAGAUGCUCUCAGCAAUACAAAUAUUGAACUGGUAGCAUGCGGUGAGUAUCAUACUUGCGCCGUGACUCUUUCUGGUGAUCUAUACACUUGGGGUGAUGGAGCUUAUAAUUUUGGUCUUCUUGGGCAUGGGAAUGAAGUGAGCCACUGGGUACCAAAAAGAGUGAAUGGACCCUUGGAAGGUAUACAUGUCUCAUCCAUCUCCUGUGGACUUUGGCACACUGCAGUUGUCACUUCUGCUGGCCAGUUAUUUACUUUCGGUGAUGGCACCUUCGGUGUUCUGGGCCAUGGAGAUCGAAAAAGUGUAUCAAUACCAAAGGAAGUGGAGUCCCUUAAAGGGCUUCGCACUGUUCGAGCUGCUUGUGGUGUUUGGCAUACAGCUGCAGUAGUGGAAGUCAUGGUUGGUAAUUCCAGUUCCAGCAACUGCUCAUUGGGAAAGCUGUUUACAUGGGGAGAUGGAGAUAAAGGGCGACUUGGACAUGGUGACAAGGAAGCGAAACUCGUGCCUACUUGUGUUGCUGCUCUUGUUGAACCCAACUUUUGUCGAGUUGCUUGUGGACAUAGCCUAACUGUUGCACUCGCAACCUCAGGUCACGUCUACACCAUGGGCAGUCCUGUUUAUGGUCAGUUAGGAAAUCCUCACACUGAUGGAAAGCUCCCAUCCCGUGUUGAAGGUAAGCUCUCCAAGAGUUUUGUCGAGGAGAUAGCAUGCGGCGCUUAUCAUGUUGCUGUGUUGACUUCAAGAACCGAAGUCUAUACAUGGGGUAAAGGAGCUAAUGGUCGACUAGGCCAUGGGGAUACAGAUGAUAGAAAUUCUCCAACAUUAGUUGAGGCACUUAAAGACAAGCAAGUUAAAAGCAUUGCUUGUGGGACUAAUUUUACGGCUGCUAUUUGCCUUCACAAAUGGAUCUCUGGCAUUGACCAGUCUAUGUGUUCAGGCUGUCGCCUGCCAUUCAAUUUCAAAAGGAAACGUCACAAUUGCUAUAACUGCGGACUUGUUUUCUGUCAUUCAUGUAGCAGUAAGAAGUCUAUGAAGGCUUCUAUGGCACCGAAUCCUAACAAACCUUAUCGUGUCUGUGAUGGUUGUUAUAGUAAACUAAGGAAGACUAUUGAGUACGACGCUUCAUCUCAGUCGUCUGUCAGUAGAAGAGGCGUUAUAAGUCAGCAACCGAAUGAGACAGCCGAUAAAGAUGAGAAGUUUGAUUCCAAAUCUCGCGCACAACUUGCUAGAUUGUCCUCAAUGGAGUACUUAAAGCCUGUUGAAAGCCGAACAUCCAAGAGAAAUAAAAGGCUAGAAUUUAACAGUAGUCGUGUCUCGCCUGUGCCAAGCAAUGGUUCCCAGUGGGGUGCACUUAAUAUCUCAAAAUCAUUUAAUCCAGUAUUUGGCUCGUCCAAGAAAUUCUUCUCUGCUUCUGUUCCUGGAUCAAGGAUAGUAUCUCGGGCAACCUCUCCAAUUUCAAGACGACCCAGCCCACCUCGGUCUACGACACCAACCCCAACCCUUGCAGGACUUACCUCCCCAAAGAUUGUUGUAGAUGAUACGAAAAGGACAAACGAUAGUCUCAGCCAAGAGGUGGUUAAACUAAGAGCGCAGGUGGAAAAUCUUACCCGCAAGACCCAACUCCAAGAGGUUGAGCUGGAAAGGACUACAAAACAGCUGAAGGAGGCAAUAGACUUUGCUGCGGAUGAGACUGCAAAAUGCAAAGCGGCAAAAGAAGUGAUCAAGUCACUUACUGCCCAAUUAAAAGACAUGGCUGAAAGGCUGCCAGUGGGACCUGCCCGAAAUGUUAGAUCCCCCAGUUCUACUCUGUUGGUCUCACCUCCCGCUUCUGAUGACACUUGCCAUACUUCUAUGGACCGGUUGAAUGGUCAUAUCACAUCUCAAGAGCCAGAUUUAAACAUAUCAAACACUAGUAUCCUUCCUAAUGGGUCAAGCACCACAAGUAAUCACAGUUCAAGUCAUAGCAGACAAGUGACUUCAGAAGCAGUUUGUAGAAACGGCAUUAGAGGUAAAGAAAGUGAAUCUCGUUCUGAUAGCGACUGGGUUGAGCAAGAUGAGCCUGGUGUCUAUAUUACCUUUACCUCCCUGCCAGGAGGUGCCAAAGAUCUAAAGCGAGUUCGGUUCAGUCGCAAGCGGUUUAGUGAGAAACAAGCGGAACAAUGGUGGGCUGAGAACCGCGCAAGGGUAUAUGAACAGUACAAUGUGCGCAUGAUCGACAAAUCAAGCAUUGGUGCUGGAAGUGAGGACUAGGCUCACUGAAACGGAGAUAUCCAUUAGUCACGUGUACAUGAGAUGGUCUUUUCCCGGAGUUUAGCUGCAUUUAGGUCAUAUUCAUCGGCACGGAUUGGCUCUCUUAUUGUACAUUGAGUGCCAAUCAUAACCGGGCGCAUAUAGAGGCGAGAUUUAGAGGGGGGGUUUGGUUUGUGUUUUGGUUUUCCUUUGCUGAUGCAUCAUUUGUCCUAGAUUUCUUUACUUGGGUCACUGAGAUAUAUUUUUUUCCCCUUAUUAGUGUGAGUUGCCUUGGGGUCGAGGGUUGAGAAUUGUAAAUUCUUGGUAGUUGCUGGCUCUUAUUGAAAUGCAGCUACUUUGUAUAUUCAUAAGGAAAUAUAUCUGAAGAAAUUGAUGUUUCUUGGUUCAUAAA